AUGAACGGAUUUGCUGCAGUUCUCAUUUUGCUGGGAGUCUUUUGGACUCAGACUUCUGCAUUGGAGACCUUUCUCCUGCGAGAAGCUGACGAUGACUAUGUCACUGGAACUAUGACUAUCCAGAAUGAGAACCACAUUGUUGAAGCCCAUGUCCGUGCUGGCGUGUACUCCUCUGAUACCAUUUUUGACUACUCGCAUGGGUAUAUUGCAACAAGGUUAUUUUCACGAAAUGCCUGCUUUAUCAUGAAAAUGAAUAAGAAAUACAUCCCAGAGCUGCAAGAAAUUGGACGCCUGGCUUUUGAACGAAAGACUAUGAAGGCAAUAUACUCUCCAGAUAAUGUGUGGGUACAGUUUCAAUCUGGCCGUUCCAUAUUUGGGACUAUCAAAGACUGGCUUGUCUACGGUAAACCCAUUGAACAACUCUGCAGAGGUCUGCCUCUCUACCAGCUUGUAGAGACUCAACCACCACUGAAUGUUCAUGGCUGUGCCAAAGCAGGAAUUCCAAGCAUUUUGGGCAUUAAAAUCUGUGAAAAAGUCCAUUAGGCUGGAU